UGAUCAAAUGCAAACAACGCACCUUAUAUUUCUUGAUUGUUUACAAAGCCUGCAAAGCUCAAAUUUCCGAGACCUUUCUAUAAAGGACACGUUGGCCAAAAGGUAUCGAAAUAUUCCCUCCCUAAUCUGACCAGAUAAUGACUCUUGAUACAUCAGGACCCAUCGCGGUCCUGUUGAUGCUCGAGGCCUAUUUACUAGUAGAUGUUUACUUGCAGUAGUCGGCUCAAUAGAAGCAGAUUAAUGGAGACGGUUUAUUUGCAAUUGCAUCUCUAAGUGUCACGUCUGUGUUUACAUAGCAAGCUGGGAUCCUCUUAAAUUCUAUUACUCCCCGAAGCUUUCAUUUCAUGGUUGCACGGCCGGGGAAAAGACAGGGCAUGCUUGGAGGAUAAACAUGACUUGGAGCGGAGGCUUCUGUCUUAUUUUGUGGCUUGUCACAGCUUCAAGGGCAACCAAAGUUUACGACUUCGAGUCAAUCGACGAUCGUGACGCCUUCACCAGUGAAGGGUCCUCGCACAAACUAGCCAGCGGUAUUCAUAAAAGUGGUAACAACUCUUUGCUCUGGUCCUGGGACAAAGGGAAUAGCGUGUCGGCGAUAACUUUAAAACUAGCCAUCAAUAUUCCCUCAAAAGACCUUCUCAAAGGCGGCGUGAGGCUAUGGAUGUACCGGAAUGCGAGCCUGUCGGAUGCUGUCAUGAAGAUAAAAUUCAGCGGCAAUGCUCAAAGCGACCCAACAGUUGCCCCUGUCCCCUCACCACAGGUAGCCACCAUCAACCUGAACUUCAACGGCUGGAGGGCGGUCUGGCUCGGAUACGAGGAAAUGUCUUUAACUGGUUUGACCGGUUUAGACCUGUUGGAAUUCACCAUCAGCUCAACUCCACCACAGGCAAACCACGUCUAUUUUGAUCUCCUGAGGUUUAUACCGAAACAACUUAUGCAGACACGCGACUUAGUUGUUCCACCAAUCCCAGGGCAAGGCUUACCAAAGAUGGGGGAGACAUGGCAGCAGGGAUACCGUUGGUUGCAGUUUCCGGUUCCGGCAGCCCGUCCCUAUAGCAACCGUGACGCGUUGCUUAGGGAGAUUGACAAUAUCGAGGAGAGACUACACAACUGGUAUGCAAAUGAAAAGUGGAGCUCGUAUCGGAGGACUGGGGACGAGAUGGACACAUAUCGGCAGUCGCGCUGGGAAACGCUGAUGACAAUGGUGGAUAUCGGCAAUGCUAAUUACAGCGACCUAACAUUCGCCGACAACGGAACCAAAAUUCUUGGCCCAUCUUUGUUCACAAAGGUGUCCGAGUACGGCCGGCCCACUAUAGAGGCCGGACCGGACGCCAAGCUGAAGUUGGGUACGUUAAUGCAGGAUGUCCUGUUACCGCUUGGCGUGGGGUACCAUAUGAGAAGCCGGCCUCUACAAGUGACUGACACCGCGGAGCACGAAUGCGAGGGACUGGGCUCUAAUGACGCAAAGAUCCAAUUCAAAUCCCUACUCGCGAUAGCUGGAAACAACUCUGACAUGAUUAACAUCCUCAAAGACGCCCUUCCCAGACCUAUUGACUGCUCCAAUAAGGGCUCGGCCAUCAUCCCAGCCAUCAAUAAACUCAACUCCGCGAGGCUCGAUCGAAUCUUGCGGCUGCUCGACUUCGUGGAGGAGCAAGGCUGGACGUACGGAAGCGCGGUAGGCUCACUGGACCACCAGAUGAACCGGAAUGGCGCCGGCUACAUGCAAGCGAUAUUCGUUAUACGAGAAUACCUGAGGAGACCAGAAAACACCAAGCGAUUAGAUAGCCUGAUAAAGUCCAUGAAGUGGUUUAACGACUUCAACGAGAUUUACCAGCGUGAUGAGGAGUACAUCUAUAACGGAACCACUGCCGAUCGCAUGCGUACCAUUUUACUGUACCGCUUGAUGAUUAUUCUGAUGAUUCCAAACUCUCGAGGUGAUGAAAAGAUCCGGGACAUGCAGUAUUUCAAGAACUGGGCCGAGCAUUCUCUGAAAAUCAACAAAGCGCUCGGUGGGGUUGUCAAACCGGAUUAUACCGGUUUUCACCACAAGACCUUUUAUGGAUCCGCCUACGUCGCCAUUGCUUACCACAACGCCGCCUUUGUACAGUACCUCUUGAGCGGGACCUCUUUUGCACUGGGGCAAACAGCGAGGGACAAUCUACGCCAGGGACUCGAAGUACUGAGGACCGUCGCUGUAAAGUACUCCACUCCCGUUGGCCUUGCUGGACGCUUUCCUGACUACAGCAGGGGCAUCCUUUCACAGCACUUUCCAAUGUACGCCUACAUUGCCUACGAUUCUGGGAAUGCAAAUCGAGUCAAGGAGCCGUCAGUGAGAGGGGCUGAUAUAUUUCUUAGACUGUUUGACCUUAAGGAGCCAAAAAUCCAAGAAUACCUGUCCAACGGCGAUAUUGAGGUCAAGAUCUUUUACUUAAAUUCUAUUGGUUCCCUCGAUGUCAUGCAAAAAGUGGUGAAUCUUGCAGCUGAAGCAGGAGAAAGCGAGGAACCUCCCCCUCAAGGACACUGGAGUAAAAACUUUGGAUCGGUUAAUAUUCAUCGAAGAAAAAACUGGGCGGUCGCAGCUAAGGGCAUGAGUAACUACGUGUGGGAUUUCGAGUCGUCAGGUAACGAGAACGUGUUUGGGAUUUUCCUUAGCUACGGCUCGCUCCAAAUUUCAAAUAGCGAAGACUCAUUGAGCUCCUAUGAUAUAUAUAACGGAUGGAACUGGACACGGAUUCCUGGAGCUACCUCGGUUAACUUAGAGCUGAAAAAUAUCAGGACCGACAGAGCGCGCUACUACAAUCCAAAAGAUCUGGGCGGAGGUAUGGCCAUGCGCGGAACUGCAGGGAAAACCCCGCAAAAUGGAAUUUUCGGAAUGGACUUCAGGAAACCGGAAUACCUAAUCAAGAAGUGGACGCCGAUGCUGUAUAUGACAUUUUUAUACAAGAAAUCAUACUUCUUCAUGGAGGAGCUGGUUGUGGCAGUAGGUAGUGAUAUAAUUCUUGGUAAUAUAACCGGUCCGUAUUACGCCCAAACAACACUUUUCCAAAACAAACUUGUAAACCCUGGACUCAACAAUUUACGCUCGUACAUCAGAGUGGAUGGCAAACCGCACAAUCUCAACGAUGUACUCCCGGAACGUACGGAAUGGAAUCCCGCACACCGGAGCGCUGAGGUGGUUGACACGAACGGAAACACCUACUUUGUUCCCAACCCGACCAAACAAGGCCUCCACCUUAGAGUCGGUGACCAGAAAUCAAAGACGGACUCUGGGCAGGUGGAUACACAGGGACGCUAUGCUGUUGCUUGGCUGAAGCAUCGGAAUGAGAGCAGUUUUAACUACGCCGUGGUGCUCGCAGGCGGCGAUUCCAACAAAUUGUUUAAAUACUCCGUGGAGAAGCUGGACUCGGUUGCCCACAUCGUGAAAUUCAAGGAUCUUCCGAGCGCAGGGAGCGAGACCUUCGGGUAUGUGUUCUUCAAGGGCAACGAGCAUGUGACCGCUGGUCCUGUUUAUCGCGUCUCAGCCUCUUGUACCCUCAUGACGGAACGAGAGUCACGUGAUCUACACGUUGCCCUUAGCAACCCGAGGUUCCAGCUAGUAGAGGAUGAAGCCAUGAAGAACUCUGUCACUUGCCAAGAGAAAAGUGGUAGAAAAGUGAGGUCUGUUGAUGAUAUAAAUAGCGAUGAUCAUGACGGGGAUGGGGAGGGUGAAGACAAUGUUGAAAUAAUUAUCUCCCGAGACGCUCAUCGUAUCAAAAAGAGAGAGGCUCCGGGAUCCAAGAGUCCCGAGUCCGCGGUUCCUAUAUUUCCACAUAGGAAUUCUAAUCACGUGACUGAUGAUUACCGCUAUUGUAGAAAAAGCGACGAGACUGAGAUCGUCGUGACUUUGAGCUCGUCUCUGAGGGUAAGAAAUAUGAGGAACGUCACAGUGGACGGAAAGGCUGUGAAAAAGGCAGAUCAAGAAAAGUAUCUCCAAAUCGAAGAGGGGGGCAAAAAGAUAAGGUUUUCGAAACUCGCAAAUGGUUUUACCACAGAGGCGAAGUUUGAGGUUUUUGAAGAUGAUAAUAGCGACGCUAAAUCGGGUGCUUGUAGCUUGCUAGCUGAUUCGGUUUUCAAAGUGUUGUUGGGUGUGGCCUUAAUAAUAGCCCUAGGUGUAGCUUCGAACUAAGCGCGCCAUGCAGCUGUAAGGUUAACUGGGGUCUAAUCCUGCGAUCAUUUCAUACACUCUUGAAGAGACUCUGUCAGCCUUUCUUCUUUAACUUUGCAUUACUUGCAGAUACAACUACAUACCAUUCAAAAACAUAGCUACAUCUUAGUGUGUACCAAAUACAAUCGUUACAAACGCCAAGGAUUACCCAUAAGCCGAUGCAAAUGGAUAUUUCUUCUAUCUCUAGAGCUGUUAUGGCGACAAAAUGGCGGUUGACAGUUAACUAGAAUAACUGCUAAGUUUAUGCAGAAUAACGACCACGGGAGAAAAUGGUUUAGGCUGUUCAUAUCAAGGUUCCUUCUUUUAAAAAAAUAUAUGUUUUCAGGGCGACACAAUUUCUUAGUUUAUACGCCCCUCUAUACACUCUCAAGACGUUGGACAUUACUUUGGAUUUAAAUGCCCCUCUAUACACUUCUACUGCUUCUUUGGUGAGAAAAGAUAGCUAUUUUUCUUCUACCCAGCGCAAACGCCUUGUACGUAAAUGAUCUUGUAAACAUCGACUUUAGAGUUCUUCUACAUGGACAUGUCUAAAAAGUUAUUCGCGUGUUCUUAGUCCCAGCGCAAACGCCCUUUACGUAAAUGAUCUUGUAAACAUCGACUUUAGAGUUCUUCUACAUGGACAUGUCUAAAAAGUUAUUCGCGUGUUCUUAGGCCUAGAUUAAAGCGCCGACAAGGGUACGACCGAUAAUGGGGACCGGCAUAUGGUCCAAGUUCAACCACGGAACCAGAACGGUGCGGUUUAAUCUAUGCCUUUCAUUAAUCCGACGGUCAGAUAAUAAUUUUCCCACAAUUUUAUAAUCCAAUAAUUGUGAUUCCGAUUGAGUGAUUGUUAAUAAAGGAGAACCUUUA